GAGAUUCCUAUUCAGAAGAGAAUUGACGAUGGACCGACAGAAACUGCUGGAUUUGGCGGGGUUUGCCGCUGUCGGCUGCACCGCCUAUUUUUCGGGGGCGGCAUGGUACAUCAACCUGGUACAUGUACCAACACUCUUCAGAACGGUCCACGAUACCAAAACACUGUUGAACGAAUGGAGAUUGUGUUACACACUCUCUAGGAAGUACCAGGGAAAACUGGCGAUCCUGGGUUCCACCUCCGCGGCCGCUGUGUGGUACUUCAGUAACGCGAGUGACCACCGGUGGUUGUGGCUCGCUGGUGGUCUUACCUUUAUAUCUGUGUGGCCUUGGACAUUACUGGUCAUGAUACCGGACAUUAACCGACUACUGGAUGAGAGCGUCCUGGAAAGAAAAGGUGAAACUUGGGUGAGAGAAAAAAUUCAGGUGUGGAAUAAACGCCACGCCGUCAGAAGCGUUGUGUCCAGUUUGGCCUUUGAUUUGUUAGUGGCUGCUAUCUAUCUGAACAGGAUGACGUAAAGAGGAAGUGCAUCUCCGACCGAAAGACAAUGCGGAGACCAGAAAAUGAUUUCCGUAAGAGGAUCCACUAGGAGGGAAAUGGAGUAGUGAAAUUUCUAGAGGUCCUGUGAAAUUUUUAUUAAAUAUCGUCAGUUCCUUUUCUGAUUAGCGAGUUUUGUCAUUUCAGAGGCUGUAACCCAUAUUUAGCGUCAGGAUGUAGUGUUUAGUGUAAAAUGUUUUAUUGGGUAAUAAGAUUAGAUGUUUGCCUUCUGUAAGUUCUGUUUUCAUUCUGUACGAUUUGUGUAACCACACGUUCUAAAAUUGAUCUUCGUAAU